GUGCGACGCGACGUCAGUCCGCGCUCCACACUCGCCCGCGACGCACGCACGCACGCAUAUUAACUCGCGAACAUCCGCCGAAGCGGGUGACAGUGUUUUCUUCCUGUGAAACGGUGGCCGGCGCGACGGAGGCGGUGCAAGGAAUGUUGAUGGCGGGCGCUCUGCCGGCCGAGUCCGAGGGGCUGCUCACCCUGGGCGCCCUCCCCGGGCAGAAGGACACGACGUGGACGAAGCUAUUCGUCGGCGGCCUCCCCUACCACACGACAGACAAGAGCCUGCGGGAACACUUCGCGGUGUACGGCGACAUCGAGGAGGCGGUCGUCAUCACGGACAGACAGACGAGUAAAAGCAGAGGAUACGGAUUCGUGAUAAUGGGAGACCGGGCGGCGGCGGAGCGAGCAUGCAAGGACCCCAACCCCAUCAUAGACGGACGGAAAGCCAACGUCAACCUCGCGAUAUUGGGAGCCAAGCCCAGAGGGAACUUAGCGCCAGGGUUCGGGCUGACCGCGGCCACCGUCGCCGGCGUCCGGGCCGGCUACCCCACCAUGCUGCAGUCGCCGUACGGACUCUCCCCGGGGUACGUGUACGGCGCGCCGAGUUACAUGAGCACGGUCGGCGGUGUGGGCUCGGGGGUGGGUGGAGGUGGUCUGGUGCAGCUGCCGCAGCUCCAGCACGCUGCGGCGGUGGCGGCUGCUAACCACCUGUACGAGUACCAGGCGGCCGCGCAGGGCGCAGCGGCGUACCAGCAGCAGUACGCAGCGGCAGGCUUCGACCCGUACGCCACAGCUGCAGCAGCGGCCGCCGCAGCUAGCAGCACCGGUUACAUGUCGCCAUACUACGCGCUGCCAGGAGGAGGAGUGCAGGGCCCCCUGCUCCCUCCCCUCCCCUACCCCCCGCAACUCCAGGAGGCGCGCAUGCAAUAGGAACCUCGCAUGCGGUAGAGCAUGCCCGCCAUGCAAAGGUCGAGACAUUUCGUGCAUGCCCGACGCGGCAUAUUGUUGAUUUGAAUUACACAGCAUAUAUAGUUUUAAGAUAUACAUCACGUUUUUAUGUCUACCGAAAGCGAAUGACCAAAGCUAAAAGCUUUUACAGUAGAUGUAAGUGUACAUGACAAGGUAUGUAAGUCAAUUAGAUGAGAAAUAGGUUAAAAUUCCUCGAUGCACAGCGAAACCAAAGACCUUCGAGUGGAAUUCACUUAAAACGUAGGAUAC